AUGACAAUAGCCAACGACGAUCCAUUGCCGACGGCGCACUUAUUUCCAUUCAGUGUGCAACGCGAAGGUCCAACCAAUGCACAGCAUUAUCUCUCUUUAACGGCUCACGAGGAAGCCGCGCCACAAGAUCUACAAACGCACCGCCUUUAUUCGAGCGUGGUCAUGGGCCGUCAACUGCACGGUUAUGAAUUGUGCCUGGAAAAACACAACUGUCAGGGCCAUAUUUGGCGAGAGGUCGGUGCUGACGAUCAGAAUCAAGAUCACGAUGAGGAAGUGGAAGAGGAUCAGCAACCACAACUGUGGGAAAAAACAGGUGAACCUAUAUCCAAUUUUGUUUUAUGGAAGAAGGAUAAGUUUCCAAGUGCAGACGAUGCCCGCUCCAAGGCAUUGAACGGCUGGGUGGAUAUAGCGGAAGCGAUUCAUGCACCGAUUUCUUUGACUUGA